CUGAACGAGUCUUCACUCGCUCUGACCUGUUCACGUCCUUCUCCUCGCUGCAUCUCUCUCUCUCUCUCUCUCUCUCUGUCUGACCUGAUCUUACCUCUCACUCUGCUUCUGCUGCUCAGGUUCUGUCUGUCUGACUCAGGACUCAUUUUAUUGAUCUGUCUGUCUGUCUGUCUGUCUCUGAGCUGAUUUCAUAUUCAUCUCAUAUCUGUCUUAUCUGCUCCUCUGCUUUUCUCUCUGAACAGGUUCUUCCACUUCUUCUCUCUCUUUCUCUCUCUCUCUCUCUCUUUUUCUGUCUCUGUUCUCAUGUUCUGGUCUUCAGUGUGAGAACGCUGUUCUGGGCUGCAGGCUGGGUGUGGAGGUGUGUAUAGGUGGCUGAGGAGCGUCUGAGCUGUGAGAAGGCGGGGUGUGUUGAUAUGCCGCUGUGGGUUGUGUUGUUGAUGGUGUGUAUUUGUUGUGUGGUGUGUGAUGUGGAGCUCCAGCCGCUGCUGAACUACAGCUCUGUGUCUCUCCCUCGACUACACCUUCCAUACUUCCUCCACAACAACCGGCCCCUCGCUAAAGCCUGCAGAGAAGACCCCCUCUGCCCCUUUAAAGAUGCUCUCUCUCAGAAGGAGUCUUGUUGGGGUUAUGAGAGAAACUGCUCGCCUCAGCACUGGUUCAGCUACCCUGUCUGCACCAGCGUGGACCCAGGAUGGGCGAGCUCAGUUCAGGCGGCUCAAGAGAUCUUCUGGAAGCAGGCCGACUUUGGCUACGUGAGAGAGAGACUGAGCGAGAUGAAGACCUUGUGCAAGCCUUUAAAUUCUGGAGAAUCUUUUCUGAAGUGCACCAGCCACAUGCGGUUUUGUAGAGCCACCAAUCUUUACUUGGACCUACGGGAACCUCGCAGGGGUCAAGAGAGAUAUAAGGAGGAUUUCCUGCAGAAGGGGGAGAUCGGGGGUCGCUGCAGGUUGAACAGUGCAGCGCUGGAGGCAGAAGGGCAGCACAAGAGCCCCCUGCAGUCCUGGUUUGCGGAGCUGCAGACGUUCACAGAGCUGGACUUCCACCCUAUAGAUGACAACCACUGUGAUCUUAUUAUAGAGAGACCCACCAUCUUCAUGAAGUUGGAUGCAGGAGUGAACAUGUACCAUCAUUUCUGCGACUUUGCCAACCUGUACAUCUCCCAGCACCUCAACAACUCCUUCAGCAGAGACGUCAACAUCGUCAUGUGGGACACGAGUCUGUUUGGAUAUGGAGAUCUCUUCAGUGAGACCUGGAGAGCCUUCUCACACUACGACAUCAUACACCUCAAAACCUACGACUCCAAACGGGUGUGUUUCAGGGACGUGUUUUUCUCUCUGCUGCCGAGGAUGAGGUACGGCCUCUUCUACAACACCCCCCUGAUUUCAAACUGCCAGAGUGAGGGAAUGUUCAGAGCCUUCUCUCAGCAUGUCCUUCAUCGACUCAACAUCGAGCAGGAGGGACCCAAGGACGGACGUAUUCGUGUGACUCUGCUGGCUCGGAGUACAGAGUACCGCCGGAUAUUAAACCAACAAGAGAUCAUAAAUGCUCUGAAGACCGUGGCCUUAUUUGAGGUCAAGCUGGUGGAUUACAAGUACAAAGAUAUGCCGUUUCUGGAGCAGAUCAGAGUGACCCAUAACUCGGACAUCUUCAUCGGGAUGCACGGAGCUGGACUCACACAUCUGCUCUUCCUCCCCGACUGGGCCGUCAUUUUCGAACUGUAUAACUGUCAGGAUGAAAGCUGCUACCGUGAUCUAGCUCGGCUGAGGGGCGUUCACUACCUGACCUGGCAGAAACCUGACAAAGUGUUUCCUCAGGAUAAGGGGCAUCACCCUACUCUCGGGGAGCAUCCCAAAUUCACCAAUUACGCUUUCGACCUGGAGGAGUUCAUGCGCUUAGUCAUGCUGGCUGCAGAUCAUGUGAUGCACCAUCGGGACUGGCGUUCAAAACAGACUCGAGAUGAGCUAUAGCAGCAUGGCUACACACACCACACACAUCCCUGCACAUCCACACACAUCCCUGCACAUCCACGCACAUCCCUGCACAUCCACGCACAUCCAUAUAAACACUACUGCUUACAUAAACUCAAAGACGCUACAAUUCACUCAAAACACUACAAAAAAUGACUUAUGAUUGUAUUGAGUCAGUUACAUAAUGUGCUGUUGAUUUUCUGAGUGAAAAUAAGUUAAUAUUCUCGCACAUUCUGCUGCAUAACUACUAUUUACUUACUUAAUUUUACAAAAAAAUCCGGCAUACACAAAAGCAAUUGCUAGAGGUGGGACAAAAUAUUGACAUCUCGAUGUAUUGUACUCUUUUUGUUUGCGAUACAUUAUCAAUAUAUGGCAUUAAAUAUGGAUAUUUGUGUUUAAACAUAGGCUAAAAGCUAUAAACUCCUCACGACUCACCCUAAAAUUUGACUAGCGCCACAUGGCGGUGCUAAUUAAAUAAAUAGUGUAAACUUGCGGAAGAAAUUCGGUGAUAAAUCCAAACUUCCUGGUAUCUGCUUAUUUAGGAGUGUGUUAUCGUCUUUAGUAACACAGAUGGUGCGAACUAUCGUAGAGAAUUGUCUUGCAAUAUAUUGAGUAUCGCAGAAUCACAGUAUCAUGAUAUCAUUGUUAUUAUGGGCAACAUAUCAUGAUAACAUCGUAUCGUGUGUUACCUGGGAUUCCCACUACUAGUAAUAGCACAUAAAAAAACAAUGCUUUUUUUUACAUUUUUUGUUAAUUUCUUAAAAUAAU